AUGGCGACCACCAAUGAACAACACAAAGUCUACUCUCUUGCGUAUGACGGCUCUGAAAACAAUGUGAAUGACGCACACUUUGAGUUUGCACAGAUUAAAGAUCUCUCAAAUACUGCUUUUGGGGGGUCUGCUACCAAUUUUAAGCCAGAAGAAUGGCUUUCUACGGAAGAAAUCCGCGUAUGGGUGUCUGGCAAGACAAUCAACACAACCAAAGGCAAUGAUCACAGCAGACUCUAUAAGACUAUCAUCAAUCCAUACGAGAUCCGUGUGCUUGAGAUUAAGCCGGGGUGUAAUAAUGAAAAGCUACGUGGUUCUUUGCAUCAUUGCUCAGUCGAGUUUGAGUACGACACCAUCGUGGACCAAUUUGGACUUCGCAGAACGACAAACACAAUGCAUGCGCUUUCUGUGGAGAAUCUGACAACCCCGAUUUGGUAUACAGCACUAAGCUACACCUGGGGCUCAUCGAGUAUGGAUGGAAGUAUUGAAUGUGAUGGACACGAGAAAGCGAUCACAACUUCCCUCGAGAUAGCACUGCGAAACAUGCGGAAGGAAGACCAUCCCAUCGUCAUGUGGAUUGACCAGAUUUGUAUCAAUCAAGAAGAUAAUAGAGAAAAGGAAAUGCAGAUUCCGCUGAUGGCAAGAAUUUAUAAGCAUGCAUUUAACACCGUAAUCUGGCUAGGGCAGUGGGGACCUGAUUCCGACUCUGUAAUACAACUCCUCAAGGAUAUCAAUAUCACAUUGCUGUUUAAUCAGUCAAAUGUCGAUUCCGAAAACUUUGAGAGAAUGCAACUACCGAGAUCCGACUCGAAGACCUGGCAUGCUCUCUGGAGAUUUCUCUCGCACCCAUGGUUUACGCGGCUCUGGAUCAUUCAAGAGGUCAUGCUCUCUAACGACCCAUGGAUCAUGUGUGGCGACGAGCUACUUAUGUGGGACGAGUUUUCAAAAGCUGUGAAUCACCUGUCGACAUGUGGAAUAUUUCAAUGGCUGCAGCUUAAAUUUGCUAACGUCGAGGACUCAAGUGAACUCGGUGAUAUCAGUCAAACUGUACUGGGGCUGACUCGUCAACGCGAACAUUAUCGCAGCGCUAGUGAUGGGACACACAUCUUUGAGAAUCUUGUAAGCACGCGAGGUGGUCAAUGUUUUGAUCCGCGAGAUAAGAUUUAUGGGCUUCUUGGGGUAUGCAGCGAUGCGGACAAAUUUCACAUCAGGUACUCGGAUUUUACAGAAAACCAACUUUACCACGACGUAGCAAUUAACUCAUUGACCAAAGACAUACAAAUUUUAACUCCAAGCAUCGUUUUUAAAUCCAUAGACCAUGAGUCUCUUGAUCUACCCUCCUGGGUGCCUGACUGGAGAAAGCACCGACAAACACAUGAACUCGGGACUUAUAAUGCCAGCGGAUCCUUCAAGUUCAAAUCGAAUAACGUAUAUGUCAAAAUCAACAAUGAAUCUAGGAAUGAGCUCCGAAUACGGGGAGUUCCAUUUGAUUCUUUAAUAAGAACCAGCGCAACUAUCACACAUCCCGAUCUCACUUAUCUCAACCCACACAACGGCAACAAAAGUCUCUUGGAACUCUGGACUUUCGUCUCAAAAUCAAAACAUUAUCCAAGUUCUCAUACAGUCUUUCAUGCUUUUUGGCAAACCCUCGUAGGAAGUAAAACCGACUCCGGAAGACUUCCAUGCCCAGAUUCCUUCGCUGAAAUUAUCAGUCUCCUCCUCGAUGCAUCUACGGGUCAGUCUCCAUCGCUGUCAGGCCAAACGUAUUCACCGCGACAGCAAAAGCCUCUUGGAAAGGGCAGGCUCGAAUUAGAUAAUCUUGCACACAGAGUACUGGGACAGACGUUUCAAGAGGUGCGCGAGGCCAUGAAAUAUGUGCUCAAGAAUCGUAGGUGGGGGAUCACGAGAAAGGGGUAUUUUGGUUUAUUUCCUCGCUAUGCAGAGGAACGUGAUAUAGUGUAUGUGAUGGAUGGUUGCAAUGUCCCAUAUUUGCUAAGAGAGGUUGAUGGGGAGAAUAGGUUUAGGUUGGUGGGUGAGUGCUAUGUUUUUGGGAUCAUGGAUGGGGAGGCUGUUCGGGGAGAGGGAUUUGCUUUUGAGGAGAUUAUUUUGGUUUAA